AUCCUUCGACAAGCAUCAUAUUACUUUAAAGCGGAGCUGCAUUUGUAUGGCAAUACGGAGUUAUAUUUUGUUUUAAAAUUGUAAAUCACAUGUUUGUUUACAUCCCAUUGAUAAGGUGUCAAUGAGGAGCGGGAAGUUGUGCGUGCAAAGUAGAUUUCAAAUAGGUUAAUACAUUUUUAUUUCACAAAAAGUCAAUGCUUCCCACAUACGCUCUAUGAGUUUUUCUAAUGCUGCAUUUGCACUCUCGUUCCUUAAGUGUAGUAUUUUCAGUGAAUACCUUAAAACACUCGUUCAAAUGCAAUCCGAUAGUGUUUCGAAGUAGAAUUUCAGAUUCAUCAGAUAGUAUUCCGUCUGAUGGGUUUGAUCCAAAGCUGCUGGCUACCUUGAAACGUUCAGUGAAAACUUCAGGAUAUGCAUUUAAAGAUGGGUUCACUUCCAUUAGAACCGAAUGCCCUGUAUGUCCGGUGGAAUCUGGUGCAAAACGAGCAACAGUUUAUUUAAACAAAACAUCAGGAGCCUUCCUUUGUCCUAAAUGCCAGCAUCAAGAUUCCUGGAUAAAUGUUUCAAAAUUUUUUGAUAAGCAAUAUGCAACUAGAAAUAAAGAAGAAUUGGAGAAGCUCCGCCAGAACUUCAUGUCCUCCAAAAAAACAGAAGCGGAAUAUAGGAACCCUAAUUGGGACAAACUGAAACCUGCCUCGCAACUCACUGCAGAAGAUGCUGCGCGUCUUGAACUUCGAACUUCAGUAGCGCAACUUUCAGCAUUGGGCGCGAGAUGGAAUCCAGAAGAAUGUUCUUUACAUUUCGAUCUAGUCAACUCCGAAGGUGUAGUUGUAGGGGAAAAGGUAAUUCACGAGGAUAGGCUUGAAGAAGAUGUUACUAUUCCUGCAGCUGGCUGCACUGGACUGUUAAUUUACUCGCCAAAAACUCAAAGAGAGAUCAACAAAGCUAUAUUAGUUCUCAAUGUGAUCGACUUUUUGGCUUUGGUAUCUCAAAAAAUAGAUGGAGCCAAAAUAAUCUGUUUGCCAUAUAGAUUAAAGUCUCUACCUCAGGAAUGUCUUCCAUCAUUAGAGGAAUACAAAGAACUUAUAAUGUGGUUUGAUUUUGACGCUACAGGAUGGGAUGUAGCCCGAAAUUUUGCUAAAAAACUAGACGAGAAACGCUGUCGAUUCAUCCGACCAACUAUUGGUCAGCCUACACCGCAUAUAGCUCUACAAUCGGGUUUGAAUCUCACGGCAAUCCUACAAGCAGCCCAACCGAUUCUGCACAAAUCUAUCACAACAUUCAGCUCGUUAAAACAAGAUGUCCUAAGCGAAUUGCAAAACAUCGAAAAAGUGAAUGGUGUCAAAUGGAAACGAUUUCCUAUUUUAAAUAAACUUCUAAAAGGCCAUCGAAAGGGAGAACUUACGGUUCUUACCGGACCAACUGGCUGUGGUAAAACAACAUUUAUGUCCGAGUAUUCUCUAGACUUAGCAAUGCAAGGCGUUACAACACUGUGGGGUUCAUUUGAAAUCCGUAACACUCGUUUAGCUGCAACUUUGCUUCGCCAAUUCGUUGGCUAUCCGCUCGACGAUAAACUGAACGAAUUCGACAAUUGGGCUGGGCAACUUGAAAAGCUGCCUAUCUAUUUUAUGACCUUCCAUGGACAGCAAAGCAUCAAAGUUGUUAUGGAAGCAAUUGAACAUGCACAAUACGUGCAUGAUAUUCAACAUGUUAUCAUCGAUAAUGUACAGUUCAUGCUUGGUUUGAAUACAAUGGGUGUGAAGUCAGGUGAUAAAUUUUGGGAACAAGACGUUAUAAUCGCAUCAUUUCGAACUUUUGCUACGAAGCGUAACGUUCAUGUUACGCUGGUAAUGCAUCCUCGGAAGGAGAGAGAUAAUGAAGAUUUGACUACGAGUUCGAUAUUUGGAAGUGCCAAAGCAACACAAGAAGCUGAUAAUGUAUUAAUAAUCCAGGACAAGAGACUGACUUCCGUGAGAGGGAAAAAGUUUUUGCAGGUUGCGAAAAAUCGAUACAGCGGCGAUCUCGGUAUUAUGCCUUUAGAUUUCGACAAAGAAGGAUUGAGCUAUGCGAAGAAACGAAAAGAAAAGGACAAGGAAAAAGAGCAGCCUUAAAAACGCCAAGUAGUACACUAUAUUUUGUAAUAUAAACACUUUUUGUUUACAAUGUAGACUUAGUAGGAGAACAUAAUAUAAAAUAUUAAAACAACUUUUUUUAUGCUGAA